CGUCCCACCGUAUUGUCCCUGCGCGCGCUUUUGACGUCACGCGAAGGAGUCGCAGCUACCCUGUCGGACGCAGCAGAUUCGCCAUAAUCCUAGCCUAGCCGGGCUUUUAAUCCCUUCCAUUUCCCCACAGAUUCCGAGCCUCCUGUUCGAUAUGGAAGGGCCUUCGACAGGGAACAAAUCUAUCUUCAUGUGUAAGCUCUGUAACUUAUUUUCCCCGAACCAGUCGGAGCUGCUGUCUCACGUCUCCGAGAAGCAUUCAGAGGAAGGGAUUAAAGUGGACGACAUCAUUAUUCCACUCAGACCUCUCACAACGCCCAGCAAUCUCAAUAAAAAUGGAGAAGAGCUCCAUGUUGUGAAGAGAAAAAGAGGCAGACCAAAGGGAUCAACUAAGAAAUGUUAUGUUGAUGAAGAAUUGGCAGAAAGCAGCAACUGCCCUCCAAAUGAAGAUGUGCCGCCAGGACCCGAAGAAGCGGGAGGGCAGGAAGAGGUUCCGCCUGACAGCUUGGAGUGCCGAAAGUGCAACCGAAAGUUCUCCAAUUCUCGGCAGCUACGGAAGCAUAUUUGUAUUCUCGUUAAACCUGAAGAUACGGAAGAAGGUGAUCCAGGUAAUGAUUCUGACGUUGACCUUGACAGGAGGGAAGAUGAGCGAGAAAAAGCACCAAAGAGGCAACGGCUCCAGAGAAGUGAGAAGAGCCUUUCUGCAAAGGACACAGACCAGGUCUCGGGAGCUAAGAAUCCUAUUAUCAGUGUGGUUUUGACAGCCCAUGAAGCUAUUCCAGGAGCUACAAAAAUAGUUCCAGUGGAAGCGGCUUCUUCUGAAACAGAGCAGCUGACUAAUCCAGAGACAGUGGUAUCAGACUCUUCUCAGCGAAGAGGGUAUCAGGAAUAUGCUAUUCAGCAAACUCCUUAUGAGCAGCCAAUGAAAUCAAACAGGUUAAGUGCAACUCAGUUAAAAAUCUUUACCUGUGAAUACUGUAACAAGGUAUUCAAAUUCAAGCACUCUCUUCAAGCCCACCUGAGGAUCCAUACCAACGAAAAGCCCUACAAAUGUUCCUUCUGCAGCUACGCCAGCGCCAUCAAGGCCAACCUGAACGUUCACCUCCGGAAGCACACGGGAGAAAAGUUUGCAUGCGACUACUGCCCCUUUACGUGCUUGAGCAAAGGCCACCUCAAGGUCCACGUAGAGCGAGUUCACAAGAAGAUCAAGCAGCACUGCCGUUUCUGCAAGAAAAAAUACUCGGAUGUCAAGAACCUGAUCAAGCAUAUCAAAGAAGCCCACGACUUGCAGGACAAAAAAGUGAAGGAAGUCUUUGACGAGCUUCGCUUGAUGACCCGGGAGGGCAAAAGGCAGCUGUUGUACGACUGUCAUAUCUGUGAGCGCAAGUUCAAAAAUGAACUCGAUCGUGACAGGCAUAUGCUGGUCCACGGGGAUGAGCGGCCCUUUGCUUGUGAGCUGUGUGGCCAUGGAGCCACCAAGUACCAAGCCCUUGAGCUUCACAUCCGAAAGCACCCUUUUGUGUAUGUCUGCAGCGAGUGCUUGAAGAAAUUUGUCAGCUCCGUCAGGCUCCGCUCACAUAUCAAGGAAGCCCACCGGGACUUGCCGGAGACCUCUCUUUUUAACAGUUCUAUCAACCAGAGCUUCUGCUUGCUGGAACCAGGAGGGGACAUCCAGCAGGAAGCCCUAGGAGAGGAGUUGUCGCAGACUGCAGCUGAACUCUCACUUUUGAACUCUAAGGAACUUUGUAUACUGAAGAAACCAGUUUGCACCAGUGAAUCGAGUGCUGUGGAAGGCGGCCAACAUGAUAACCCUGGUGUUGUGGACAAAACCACUUCUACCCCUGCUUUAGAACUUGAAGUCCCUCCUGUUGCAAAUACUGUAGAUGCUUUGUGCUCAUCUUCAACAGAACUGGUAUCUCCAGAUGUUUUCCCCGAUAGUGUGCCAGAUGGCUUUCUACAGAAAGAUGCUUCUUCUGAAUUAACCGAAGAAAGGAUCAUCCUGGAGAAAGACAUUGAGGUCUCUUCUGACCCCUCACAAAACACUCAAAAUGAAGUCAUUCUCCUUUCAGGAGAAGAGGGCGCUGAUAUAAAUGCGCAUGGCCAAGUUCUACAGUGUGCUCCUGAUGUUGAGGAGUUAGGCCAAACCAUCUGUCUUAAUACUCAGGAGGCAGACGUGGCGACAAUUGAAGAGGUGGAAUCUACCGUCCAACUUCCUGCCUCUGAGUCCAAUGCAGCAGUUGGUGACAAAUCUGAUUUUUGCUCAGCUUCUUCUGAGAAUCGAACUGGAGCAGCAGCCUUUAUGCAGAUUUUGGACAGUUUGCAAAAACGGCAAAUGAACACGGCUCUCUGUGAGAAGAUCAGGAAGGUCUAUGGAGACUUGGAAUGUGAAUACUGUGGAAAACUGUUCUGGUACCAGGUGCAUUAUGACAUGCACGUCCGUACUCACACUCGAGAGCACCUUUAUUACUGUUCUCAGUGCAGUUACUCCUCCAUCACCAAAAACUGUCUCAAGCGACAUGUCAUUCAGAAGCAUAGUAAUAUUUUGCUGAAAUGUCCCACAGAAGAUUGUGAUUAUUCCACGCCCGAUAAAUACAAAUUGCAGGCCCACCUGAAAGUGCACACAGACCUGGACAAAAAGAGUUAUUCCUGCCCUGUGUGCGAUAAAUCAUUUUCUGAAGACCGGCUUAUAAAAUCACACAUAAAGACAAACCACCCAGAGGUUUCAAUGAACACCAUCUCAGAGAUUGUUGGCAGGAGAGUUCAGCUGAAAGGGCUGAUAGGAAAGCGAGCCAUGAAAUGCCCCUAUUGCAAUUUUUAUUUCAUGAAGAACGGAUCGGACCUCCAGCGCCACAUUUGGGCCCAUGAAGGCAUCAAGCCAUUCAAAUGUUCUCUGUGUGAAUAUGCCACUCGCAGCAAAAGCAACCUCAAAGCACACAUGAACCGCCACAGCACUGAAAAAACCCACCUGUGCGACAUGUGUGGGAAAAAGUUCAAAUCCAAGGGCACCCUGAAGAGCCACAAACUCCUCCAUACUGCUGAUGGAAAACAAUUCAAGUGCACAGUGUGUGAUUAUACUGCCGCUCAAAAACCACAACUUCUACGGCACAUGGAGCAGCAUGCUUCCUUCAAGCCUUUCCGAUGUGCACACUGCCAUUACUCCUGCAAUAUAUCAGGUUCUCUGAAAAGACAUUACAACAGGAAACAUCCCUAUGAGGAAUAUGUGAAUGCAGGCUCUGGAGAACUUCCUACUGAAGCCCUUCUCCAACAAGGUGGCAUCAAGUGCCCUGUGUGCAACUUUGUAUAUGGUACAAAAUGGGAAUGCAACCGACACCUGAAAAACAAACAUGGGCUCAGAUUAGUGGAACGUGAUGGAGAAAUGAAGUGGGAGCAAACGACGGAGAUUUCCGACGAAGACACCUCAUCGUAUCUCCAAAUUACAGAAGCUGGCGAUAUGCAAGGAGCCCAGGCUGCUGUUGCUGCUUUACAGGACUUGCGACAUACCUCUGAAAAUGGGGGACGAUUUGACCCCACCGCGGUUAACAUCCUGCAGCAAAUCAUAGAGCUGGGUUCGGAACCUCAUGAUGCCACUGCUGUUGCCUCCGUGGUUGCCAUGGCCCCAGGAACCGUUACUGUUGUGAAACAGGUAACAGAAGAGGAACAGCCUACGAGCCACACAGUGAUGAUUCAGGAAUCUCUGCAGCAGGCAUCAGUUGAGUUGACUGAAGAACAUCAUUUGGUCGUCUCUUCGGAUGACAUGGAGGGACUUGGAACAGUCACAGUCUACACGCAGGGUGGCGAGGCUUCUGAACUAAUUGUUUAUGUGCAAGAAGCCAUGCAAGCAGUGGGAGAACAAGUUGAAGAGCAGGAACUAUCCAUCUAGGAAAUCUGGACAAAAGUCUCCAAGGAGGUGAGGCUUCUGCCCCUGCUAAAUAGAAACAUUUCAUUAUCUAUUGUGUAUUUAAUGGCACUGCUGGUUCUUUGUAUGUUUAGCCUUGGAUGCAUGGGUGGUUGUUGAUUGGACUAGUGGCCUUUUGCCAGUAGAUGUUUUGGUACACACUGAGCCUUACACAGCUUACGUUUGAAAACCACUCUGCCUUUUUGCACUAUACAAAUAAUACUUUCCUUUCUCAUAAGGAACUCCUGAAGCCUCAGUCUACGGAUCUGAUCAACAGAGAGAUGGAUAACGGCUUCCUUCAGGGGUUAUAAAAAAACCCAACUUCAUGUUAUCUGCACAAUGAGGCAAAUUACAAAACCAAGAGACAUAACCAGUGAUAACUCUAGGUUAGCAUUGUGUUGCUGUCUGUUGAACUGGCUUUUAUGCACUUUAAAAUGAUUUUAGAUUCAAAAGGACACUUUUAAUGACUAGCAGAAAAGCUCAAGCAAGAAGGUUGCAAAGGACAUGGGGCAAAGCAUGAGCACAAAUGGCAAAGCACUCACAAAUACAGGCCUACCUGGAAUAGAUAGGAGA